CUGCCAUAGUUCCAACUGUUGUGGUGGGGUGGCGUCCAAUUCAGACAGAAGCGUAUUUUGGCACCCUCUCAGUCUCAGGGGCACAUUCUCCGCUACCGGUUCAUGCCUUCGCUCGACUUGGAAACAGUCAUAUCCGAGUUUCCACUCUUAAACUCUUUACAGCUGAACUCGACGAAGAGGUUCGCUGUGCCGGCCAGGAAGUUUGUGGUGCGAGAUGCCAGAAUGGAGUAGAAAGAAAGGCGCUCCUUAGGCUUUAAAGCUCCUAACUUUGAGCUGCCAGAGCCUUUCACUGGGAAAACAUGGAAAUUUGUAGAUUUUGAGUCAUACCCUGGUUUGCUGGCUAUGUUCAUAUGCAAUCAUUGCCCCUUUGUUAAGCAUUUGAAGAAGGAUAUGGUGAAACUUUCUAAUUUCUAUAUGAAGGACGGGAGGAGACCAUUUGAACUGGUGUGUCAUGGCCAAUUUGAUUACUCCAGACCCAACAGUAAUGUGCCUGUAACUGGAAGGGACCUAAGCAGAGGGACAGAUAGCAUCCAAAGUGGGCAGCAGUUUCAUAAGUUCAGAAACCAAGGUACUGUUCAUUUGAGCUCCUCUCCUUGUCUUGGAUCUCUUUGA